AUGGAUUCUUUUAUGCUUCAGGAUGAGGGUGUGCGUGAUCGUAUUCGCCAGGCGGAAGAGUUUCUCGAUCCUAAUGAUCCCCAAGUCCGAAGUUAUAGAUCGGAUAUCAUUCUUAUGCUCCAGAAGAACCAGCGCCGAUUGACCGUUAAUCUCGAUCAUGUUCGUAAUCACAGCCCAGACCUUGCACAGGGCCUGCUACAACAGCCCUUCGAUUUUACCCUGGCUUUUGAUCAAGCCUUGAAAAACAUCGUCCAAACUAUUCCCCAAGCACGACCCGACCAAACUGCAAGGGAUACCGUCUACUACUGCGCAUGGGCUGGCAGUUUUGGUCUAAACGCCUGCAACCCACGUACACUGUCCUCUCACCUCCUGAACUAUAUGGUCUCUAUCGAGGGUAUCGUAACGAGGACCUCUCUGAUAAGACCCAAAGUCGUGAAAAGCGUGCACUACAACGAGACGAAGGACAUGUUCCAUUUCCGCGAGUAUCAAGAUCAGACCAUGACCACCGGCGUCACUACUUCGAGCGUUUACCCCCGGGAGGACGAUGAUGGCAACCCUCUCAUUACAGAAUACGGCUUUUGCACCUACCGCGAUCAUCAGACAAUUUCUAUUCAGGAAAUGCCGGAGCGUGCACCUGCUGGACAGCUCCCCCGUGGAGUGGACGCCAUUCUCGACGACGACCUUGUCGAUAGUGUGAAGCCUGGAGAUCGCGUUCAGUUGGUGGGCAUCUACAGAACCCUGGGAAACAGAAACACCAAUCAUAACAGUGCUUUGUUCAAAACAAUGAUUUUGACUAACAACGUCGUCUUGUUAUCCUCCAAGUCUGGGGGUGGUGUUGCAACUGCCACCAUUACGGAUACCGACAUUCGUAACAUCAACAAGGUGGCCAAGAAGAAGAACCUACUCGAGUUACUAUCUCAGUCUCUUGCACCCAGCAUCUACGGUCAUGACUACGUCAAGAAAGCCAUCCUUCUCAUGCUUUUGGGCGGUAUGGAGAAGAACUUGGAGAACGGAACACAUCUGCGUGGAGACAUCAAUAUCUUGAUGGUUGGUGAUCCAUCCACCGCCAAAUCUCAGCUCUUGCGCUUUGUACUCAACACAGCUCCACUCGCAAUUGCAACAACUGGUCGCGGAUCUUCAGGUGUUGGUUUAACCGCGGCUGUCACCUCGGACAAGGAGACAGGUGAGCGCCGGCUUGAAGCUGGUGCCAUGGUCAUGGCCGAUCGUGGUGUCGUCUGUAUCGAUGAAUUCGACAAGAUGUCAGAUGUGGACAGAGUUGCCAUUCACGAAGUCAUGGAACAGCAAACUGUCACUAUCGCCAAGGCGGGUAUCCAUACAUCCUUGAACGCUCGCUGUAGUGUUGUUGCUGCUGCCAACCCUAUCUUUGGUCAAUACGACCCGCACAAGGAUCCCCAUAAGAACAUUGCGCUACCCGACUCUCUCCUUUCUCGUUUUGAUUUACUCUUUGUCGUCACAGAUGACAUCGAAGACACACGCGAUCGCCACGUCUCGGAGCAUGUCCUCCGUAUGCAUAGAUAUCGCCAGCCAGGGACCGAGGAAGGGGCUCCCGUACGAGAACAAGGAACUCAGUCUCUCGGUGUCUCAGUUUCGAAUCAGAACGAAGUUCAGGGGCCAACUGAUGUAUACCAAAAGUACGACGCAAUGCUUCAUUCGGGCGUGACUAUAACAUCAGGUCGAGGAGCCAACAAGAAGCCUGAAAUUCUCAGCAUUCCGUUCAUGAAGAAGUACAUCCAGUACGCCAAGACGAGAAUCAAGCCUCUUCUAACGCAAGAGGCUUCCGAUCGCAUCGCUGAUAUCUAUGUCGGUUUGCGAAACGACGAGAUGGAAGGCAACCAGCGAAGAACAAGUCCCCUGACAGUACGUACUCUGGAAACCAUUAUUCGUCUUGCUACGGCGCACGCCAAAUCUCGUCUGUCAAGCAGAGUCGAGGAGCGAGAUGCACUUGCCGCAGAAGGCAUUCUGAGGUUUGCCCUUUUCAAGGAAGUUGUGGAGGAAUCGCGGAAGAAGCGGAGAAAGACUCAAACAGUUGACUUCGCCUCAUCCAGCGACGAGAGCUCCAGUGAUGACGAGGACGGAGACGAAGCCAAUGGUACACAGACCAACAGGUCAGCUUCAAGGGCUACUCGUAACAGCAGCCGCCUCCAAGGAAGGGAUACUACCGACACAGCUCGCUCUAGCAGGGAGCCUGAUCUGCCGGAAGAAGACUCUCAGGCCACACCGCGACGCUCGAGUCGCAGAACACAAGACUCGUCACAGUCGCAACCCUCGUUCGCGUCAUCAAUGCCUGCUUCCGAACUUCUAUCUCAAACUCAAUUGGAGUCCCAGGAAGGUGACGAUGAUCUCGCCGAUGGAGCCGCUGCGCUAGCGAUUGACGACACCCCUAUCAGCCCUGAGCGCCUGGCAACCUUCCGUACAGCUCUUGGUCAGCUCCUCAACACAGGUUUGUUCGUGGAUGACAAUGCCGAAUUGGAUGCAGUUAUCGAGGCAGUCAAUGGCAAGGUCAGGAGCCGUCGUGAUGCAUUCGACAAAGCAGAGGCUACGAAGGCCCUACAGAAGAUGGGAGAGGCUAACCAGAUUAUGUUCACUGAGGGAGAUUCCACUGUGUACAAGAUUUAA